UUGGACGGAAGCGGGUGCAAAAACAUAAAAAAAAGUUGGACAGACAUCAAGAGAAACGGUGUUACUAUACGGGGAUUAGAUUUUUUUUUUUUAAAUAAGUGAGGAUCUCGGAUCUCGGUAAAUAAGCGUUUUGAUUGUCAUCAGUCUGCUUGUAGAAAAAUAAACAUCUCUCGGACUAUUAAUAGGGCUCAGAAAGUUAGUUCAGCAUGGUGGAGUUGAGACUGUGUGCUGAAGAUAACCUCUCUCUCUCUCUCUCUGGAGAAAAGGACUUCUUGGUGAAGACUAAACUCUGGUGAGGUCACUCAGGUGUUCUCAGGCUCCAUCAUGCACAACAGUUCAGAUGAUGCUGUUGUUGUAUCUGGACCAGUUCUGCAACGCCUGAUGCAGGAAAAUCUGCGCUAUGGUAACGAAGUCGGUUCAGAGAACCAGGCUAUGACGUCGCCUGGCAACCCCACCUCAGCUGAGAUUGUGUUCCCAGAGACACAGCCCCGACAGGAGCCGCAGGGUCAGGAGCAUCAGGUGGACAGCAGCUCCAUGGAAAAGAACGACAAAGGAGCACAAAACACAGCAGCGAGCAUACAGGUGACUCUUGAUAUUCCUGGGAUUGGAGCAUUAGAUCUUCCCUCAUAUGAGGAGGCUAAAUCGCAGUCUCAGCUUUACAGAGGUCAGCAGGGUCAAAAUGAAGAGCAGAAUGUGGUCUACACACAUUUAAAUGUUCAUAACACAGGAAACAUGCUAACACACCCAAGUCACACAUAUACAAGUCUGAAGAACACUAACCAGGCAUUCAACAAUCCGAAUCCUGACCAGAACACGCAAAUUCAGUUGAGUUUACAGCCCAAUGAACACAUCCCCACCAGCACUAGCUCUUGUCCGCCGUCUCUCUCCUCAGCUCCCUCGCUGUCCUCCUUUGCUCGUGCUGAAGGUCGUUCAUGGGUCCAGCGAGGGUUUGUGGGAGUGGACUUAGGCUUAGCAGGGCUUGAACAGGGUCAUGUCCGGUCCCUCAGUGAGCGCAUCAUGCAACUCAGUUUGGAACGAAAUGGAGCAAGGCAGCCUAGAGAGAUGAUUCCUAACAGCGAAGAGCAAAUGGCGACACCUAUUUCCCCAUCUAGCAAAACUGCCACCCCUCCACCACCUAAAGGUUCUCUAGAUCCUCGUGGUCCUCCUCCUGAAUAUCCUUUCAAAACCAAAGCUCAGUCAAUGUACCCAAGUAGUAUAAGCCCUGGUCCACUAUCACUAGAACAAACCACACACUCUUUUGAAGCUCCUUUGGGACAGAUCUCCAGUCUAAUGCCCACUGUCAUACUACAGACUGGAUCAGGCACACGUUUACCCCCACAGGGACAGAUCGUACCUGCUGAGGCAUUUUCAACUAUGAGCCACGCUCAACAUAUGGUGACAUUCCUCAGUGAAGAAAACCAGAGACUCAGACAGGAGCUACUUAUCCAGACCGAGAAAAUGGGCAAAUUACAACGGUUGGAGGCUGAAGUCCAACGUCUCUCAGAUGCCUAUGAGAAUCUGGUAAGAAGCUCAUCAAAGCGGGAAACUCUGGAAAAAACAAUGAAAGUGAAACUGGAGGGGGAAAUCAGACGUCUGCACGACUUCAAUCGAGAUCUGAGAGAUCGAUUGGAAACAGCGAACCGCAAACUGGCAAACCAAGAUGAAGAAGGGCAGGAGGAUAGCCAUGAUUACCUCUCAGAGAGAAGAGAGAGUUUAAAGGCGAUGGAGAGGCUGGAGACGGAGGCGGAGUCUUUUCGUUCCGCUAAUGAGGAUCAGCGACGUCACAUCGAGAUUUUAGAACAAGCUCUGAACAACGCUCAGAGCAAAGUGGUCAGGCUGGAGGAGGAGUUGGGGAGGAAAUGUGUGUAUGUGGAGCGCGUGGAGCGUCUACAGCAAGCUCUGGCACAGCUACAGGUUGCAUGCGAGAAACGAGAGCAGUUGGAGAAACGCCUGAGGACACGUCUAGAGAGAGAGCUGGAAACACUAAGAUCACAACAGCGUUCUGGUGUAGGUGUGUGUGAGUCCAGUGCCCCGGCCCUGCUGGACCUGCUGAGAGAGAGAGAGGAGAGGAUUCUGGGAUUAGAGGCAGACAGGAUGCGCUGGGAACAGAAAUAUUUAGAGGAGAGUGCAAUGCGGCAGUUUGCCAUGGAGGCAGCAGCUACAGCGGCCGCCCAGAGGGACACAACCAUUAUUCAGCAUUCUCGCAGUGGCAGCUACAGUGAUGCUUGUCUGUGGCCUCAUGAUGAAGAAGAUAAAACAUACAACCGCUGCUGUCAGGACAUAGAGACCAGGAUGAAAGAUCUCCAUGCUCAGCUGUUGGAGAAAAUCGCGAUGAUUAAAGUGUUGCAACACCGUUCACGUCGAGACACUGCCCCACUGCGACCUUCCCGUUCUGUCCCCUCCAUCACCGUAGCAACGGGCGUGCAUUCCCGCCAGGCAUCACAGACUGAAAGUGUACUGCUGGGAAAAGAAAACCCUGACCAUCUUCCUCCAUCAAUACCCUCCUUCACAGCCUCACUAUCAUCCCUCGUUCCAUCACUCUCCUCUUCUCUCCCUCCCUCCUUUACUCCUCUAUCUGUCUCCACUAUCCAUCCCUCAUCAGUAAUGGCAUCCUCUUCACUUCCUCUUGCCUCAUCUUCUUCGCUUUUCUUGUCCUCCUCAGCCACUCUUAACCUUCCCACCACACUCUCUCACUCCCUUCCUCCACUGCCCCCAACUGUCUCCUCCUCUCUUCCCUCCACUCCUGUUUUAUCACUCCAUUCUAAAUCAGCUAGCAGAGACAGCAGUACGCAAACAGGGAGGAGUCCAGAGAAUGUCAAAAUCAUGCCCCCUACAGGACGAGGGAGAACAACAAGAAUGGACUGGCCAACCACUCAGAUGAAGUCUCCUGAGAGUCGAGUUCUCCAGACAGCAGUGCAGAUGAUCAGACCGGCUGACUCGGACCUGCUGGAGAUUCUGAUCUAACACACAUUUACAGAGUGAAUGCAGUCUCGACACUGGAGGAGAGAGACAGACAGACAGAGCAAGAGACAGCAGAAGGGCAGGCAGAGACAGAGAGGUAGAUAGACAGUUUGAGGCUCAGCUGCACCAAUUUUGAAUGAGUAAGUGCUCCUUGUAGAAAGAUUUGUGUUGAUAUUAUACAUAUAUAUUGUGUAUAAGGACACUACUGUUUGUCCUGUUUACCCCAAACUCGUUUUACUGAGAGUUUGUAGAUGAGAAGAUACGAUGAAACCACAGUUCCUUUGUUUGUGUAUCACACAGUAAAUUGUGAACAGAAGUUGUGAGUGGAGAACUGAAGAAGCGUUGAUUUUCUUUGUGUGUUCAUGGCGACAAGUCGUAGCGUGUAACGUGUUUUCCAGACAAAGCUCACAGCACGUAGUGAUGUUCUCAAAUCUUAAAAAAAGGCCAAUAUCUUAAUAUUAUAUAUUAAUAAUAAUAAGCAAGCGCUAAAACCUCCAACAGCUGAGGCUUUUGUUUGCUGCUCUAACUAGCCCAUACUCCAUUUACUGUAUACACGGCCAUUUCUUCAAUCAUAAUUAACUGAUACCUUUUAUUUGUCUUACAUGGAUGUGUGUUGACUCGAUUUCUUUAUUUUUUAUACUCUUUAAUUAUUGCCAAUAAAAAAAGCAGCUGCUUUUCUCUUAA